AUGGGAGCCGCCAUUACUAUUGUUGCUAUUAGAAAAAUGGCGUCCGACCCUCGUUUCUCUCUUGGUGGGUAUCAGACAUUUACUUCUCUCUUUAUUACACUGUUAUCAUUCCCUCCCUCUAUCUCUUCUCUCUCUCUCUCUCUCUCUCUCUCUCUCUCUCUCUCUCUGAAUCUUCCGCUAGCUAUUUAUCUCUCUCACUCUUUCUCGCUCUCUGAAUCUCCCACUCUCUAUUUAUCUCUCUCACGCUUUCGGAAUCUCCCACUCUCUAUUUAUCUCUCUCACUCUUUCUCUCUCUCUCUCUCUCUGUCUGUCUGUCUGUCUCUCUCUCUCUCUCUCUCUCUCUCUCUCUCUCUCUCUCUCUCUCUCUCUGAAUCUCCCAUUACCUACUUCUCUCUCUGCAUGUGUGUAUGUUACUCACUGAAUUUCGCUUAUUUUGAAGCUAUUAUUUACCAAAAUUGGGUUAGUAUAAUACUGGGUCUCUCUCUCUCUCUCUCUCUCUCUCUCUCUCUCUCUCUCUCUCUCUGUGUGUCUCUCUCUCUUUAUCUCUCUCACUCUUUCCCUUUCUCUCUCUCUCUAGUUCUCUUUCUUUCACUCUCUCAUUCUCAUUCUAUCCUACUCUUUCUCAUUUUGACUCUCUCUCUCUCUAUCUAUCUCUCUUUCUCUCACUCUCACUCUCACUCUCUUUCUCUCUUUCCUGAUUACUUACAACGACAGAAAAUUCUUUAG